UGUAAAUGUGGCUUUGUUAGGAGUCAUGAAGCGGGCCCGGUCCAGAGUGCCACCCGCUUGGGUUGCCGCCUCAAAUGAGCUGGGAUCGAGGCUGCGGCUCGCUCCGAUGAGCGCCGAUCGCCGCGCACACGCACGGCGCUGUGACACGCCUCCUUCCUGUCCAAAGCUCAAAGUUCACCUGACACUAAGCAGACGGACGCCACACGGCAGGGAAGAAAACUGGAAUGCUCCCGUAACGCCGACGUUUCCUGAAAAAACAAGUCAGUCAGCACUCGGGGUGCAAACAUGGAAGUUCAAAGUGGCAAACGGACCCACGGCCAGCGGCCCGAAAGAUCCCAUUGACGGACUACGAUCGGUCGGUCGGUCGGGAGCGGCGGCGGCCAUUUUGGAGCCAAAGGCAGGUGUGACUCACUCGGUAGGCCUGUUGCCUGGCAACCCUUGUGCUCCUCCUCCAAUUGAGGCAGUUUACUGUGCUCCUCCUCAGCGCCACCCACUGGCCAGCAUGGAGGCUGCGGCUGUGCACGGCGAGACGGAGGCGCUGCGGCAGUUCUUCCGUGGUCACGACGUCAGGCAAGUUCUGGACAAUUCGGUUGCCGUGGAUACCAGCAUCCUGGAGCAGUACCUCAGCAGCGACUUCAAUGCUUUCCCGCUUCCCGAGUCUCCCCCAAACUCGGACGUCUGCUCACCCGAGCGGAUUCCAGAUUUCCAAACGGAGAUUUCCUAUUGGUCCGAGCGGCCCCUCCUCCGGCCGACCGCAUGCCGCUCGCAUUUUGGCCAAUCCGACGGCGGCUCCGUAGCUCCGUCGCCGUCCGACAGCUACGUCGGCGGCGGGAUGCCAUCGGGCUCGCCCGCCAGCCUGCUGACCUCAGCCUUGCCCUUGCUAAACUGCUUCCCCGACAGAAGCAAACGAAAGCGAAGCGAGUCGCAGGACUCGUCGGCGGGACCCGACCGACUUGCGCUCGGAGACGAGGGGACCCGAGGCGGACCCGUCCUCGGCGGGCGCUUGAGCUGGGAGUCCUUUUGUCCGGCCGAGUGGAGCGCCGUCCUUGAUGCAAACUUGCACGUCAUGCCCCCGCCGGCCUUGGCCGUGGCUACGGACAAAGGCUUCAACUUCUCGCCGACCGACGAGGCUUUUGUAUGCCAGAAGAAGAACCACUUCCAGGUGACGGUUCACGUGGGUGUGGCCAGAGAGCCCGUCUACGUGAGAACGCCGCGCGGCGUGCGCCAUCUCCACUACUUUGAAAUCAACGUGUUUGGGGUCAAGAUGGAAUCUCCGGAGCAUCGCGUGAGCAUGGAGCAGUCUCAGGCCGACCGCACCAAGAAGCCUUUGGGGCCAGUCAGGGUUAGCGUGACCGCCGGCGUCGUGGGCAAAGUGACGUUAGGACGGCUUCAUUUCAGCGAGACCACCGCCAAUAACAUGAGGAAGAAGGGGCGGCCCAACCCAGACCAGAGGUACUUCCGGGUGGUAGUAGGGUUGUACGCUGCCGUCAAGGAGGAAGACCAAGACGAGGAGCUGUCAUCCUUCCUCCUGGCCGCCCUCCUGUCCGAGAGACUCAUCGUCAGGGCCUCUAACCCCGGCCAGUUCGAGAUGGACGGCGACGCCCUGUGGCAGCGGGGGGCGGAGCACGACGCCGUGACGUGCCACGGCCGGGUGGGCAUCAACACAGAUGCCCCCGACGAGGCGCUGGUGGUGUGCGGCAACGCCACCGUCAUGGGGCGCGUCAUGCAGCCGUCGGACCGGCGCGCCAAGAGCAACAUCCGGGAGGUGGACGGUGAGGAGCAGCUGAGGAGGAUCACGCGCAUGCGCCUGGUGGAAUUCGACUACAAGCCCGAGUUUGCCUCCAAGAUGGGCAUCAAACACACGCACCAGACAGGCGUCCUGGCUCAAGAGGUGAAGGAGCUGCUCCCUUCGGCCGUCAAGGAGGUCGGCGACAUCACGUGCCACGGCGGCCAUAAGAUCGACAACUUCCUGAUGGUGGACAAGGAUCAGAUCUUCAUGGAGAACGUGGGCGCGGUGCAGCAGCUUUCCAAGAUGGCCGACAGCCUGGAGACCCGCGUGAGCGAGUUGGAGGUUUGGAAGCGGCGCCUCGCCAAGCUCAAGAGCCUGACGGGAAGUCUGCGCUCCAGCGGGAUGUCAAGGAAGCCCAGCACCGCGUCGGCGGCAACGGCGCAGAGUUUCCACGGGGGUCUCAAAGCCUCCGAGGCGCCCGCUGACGCUUGCGUGUCGCAGAGAAUGUUUCGCGCCGGCGUGUUCACACUGUGCCUCGCCGUCGCCGCCUGCAUCAUCACCAUCGGCACCGUGUACCUGCUCAACUUGAUGCAAGGCAACGUUGGGCCGCCUUCCAGCGUCAGUAACAGCAGCGUACUUCCGACACCAGCCGGCGGCAGCUCAGCGCCGCCCGUCAGCCCCCCGGGGCCGUGGCCCCCCGACGUGCACUUCUGCCAUCUGCUGUACUGCGACGCCGUGUACUGCUGCCCCUCGCCAGCGGGAGGCGCCGACCCGCCGACGGCCGGCCGCGGAGCGGAGAAAAGCCAAGACGAGCUUCUGCGGAAGCUUCAAAGCGCUCCGGACUGGACAAACACCACCAUCGAGUCUUUUGUGAUCAAAGAGAACCAGCAGGUGAUUGACAGCCGCUACUGCGUGCGAGACGAGUGCGGACCCGACAGGUUCGUCUUCCAAGUCCCCGUCAGUCCGUUUGUCCCCGUCAACAUGCGGGUGACCCUCGUCAUGAAUUCCACCGAGCUGCUGGUGGUGCACCUGUGCGCCUCCCACGAGUCGGCCGCCUGCGCCGCCCCGCGCCACGCCGAGCUGCUCGGCGCCGCCGGCUACGCCUCCAACACGCAGGUGACACCAAAAAGCACCUCGAGCGGUGUAACGGCUGCCCCCGGUGGCCCGGCGCCGCAUCAGCUGCCGUGUUUGCUUGCUUGCAGGGGGAACACGAGUGGCCGCUGCACGUGGCUCGCCUCUACCACAGCUCCUACCACUUUCGAUCCGCCGUGGCUGGCCAAGCCGACUGCAGUACCGACCAUCACUUUGGGGGGGCGCUGUUCACAGACUACCAUUUCUACUUCUACCGUCGCUGCAGCAACUGAAGCAGCCACUUGUUUUUUUUUUUGGGUUUUUUUUAUCCGAGUCCAGUCUCAAAGGUGUGACAGAAUGUGAAAUAAUAAAUAAAAAUAACGAUGAAAAUAAACA